AUGGAGGUGGCCAUUAUUGACUGGAAAAGCAUAGAUUCGAGAUUUGUCAAGGACGAGCUGUACGAGCAUAUAAACGCACCAAAAUGGGUUGAUUUCUCUGCCCCAGAUCAGCCCCUUGAUGACGACGCCUGGUUUUGUCGUUCGAGUUGUAAGCACCCAAAGACAGCUGAAGAUUUCUUAAAUGAGGAGAAGAGGACGCCCAAUUCCAGCUCUAAGCACCGGAGAUCGGUUAGCGUAUCCGACAUUCCUCCACUCGGUGAUAAAUUGAAGAGAGAUGCAACACUCAAGAAGAGAGGGUUAAAUCAACCCUUUGGGUUAUCAAACAAGGGCACCAAGCACAACAGGGACAUUGAGGACGGCGAAAAUCAAGACCCCAAUUUAUCGACCCCCACAAACCACAAAUCUAUAAAAGCCGGAAAAGAGGCAAUUAAAUCCAGUGCGGAUAACAAACCGACCAAAGACAACCCAAUGAUGAAGAACGAACGUGCGCCUAAGCUCAGAAGCACUUUAUCAGCUAGAAACCUGUUCUCAGGUGGGGACACCAUACUGAGUAAAGUUGCUGAGUUUUGCAACGACUUGAAGAAACUGGCGGUUCGGGCGAGAGGUCGGGAGAAUUUGGAUUAUGAUGAUGCGAAAAGCCAACAGGGGGCUCAAGAUCGUGCGGAUGAGAAUUUAGAUGCUUUGAACGAUCAAGAAAAGGAGAGAAAGCCAUUGCUGGAGCUGAAUAAAGAGAAAAGCGAGGUGUUGGGGACGAGCAGUGCCUCUACGGUGAAGCUGAGGAGGAAAAAGAAUGGAGAUGGAGAGAACACCCCAAUUGGUAUUGACGUUAAAGGCCAAGAAUCCGUGAAUAAGUUGUUGCAUAUUCGGACUUAUCCCCCAACCCCACAGUGUUUUUCUGCCGGCCAGGGGCAUUCUACAGCAUCAACGCCCAAGCCGUCCAGAAUUAGGCCUCCACUGGUAAGCUUCCACUGA